AUGCAACAAGACACAGGAGCUCCGAGGCCCUCACGGCUCAACAAAUGGUGGCCCAUCGGCGUUUUCAUUGGCGCCGUCGUUUGCUUCAUCAUCGGUGGUGCUCUCAUGGGCGCAUGGGUCUCCAGCUCAUAUAAUGACUGCUCCUAUAGCUCCUACUACAGCUCCUACUAUAGCGACUACUCCUGUGUCACUACAAACAUGGGCGAGUUUUAUGGCGCUGUUGCCAUGUUCGUGAUUGGCGGUGUCCUCAAGCUCACUGCCUGGAUCCUACUCAUCAUCUUCUGCGUCAAGCGCAAGCGCUACAGUCACCACACCGUUACAUACGUCAACUCUCCUCCUGUUCAGCAACCCCAGCCCUUCCAGCAGCCCUACGCUGCGUCUCAGCCCACAAAUGCCCCACCGCAGCCUAUCUCCCCUGAGAUGGCGGGCCCGUUCCUCGCUGGCACACCUCCUAAGGAAGCCAAUGCCACAGCAACUGCUUCCAAGUAUUGUGGCCAGUGCGGGACUGCUGUCUUUAGCCGAUUCUGCCCUCAGUGCGGAGCACAAAGCUGA